AUGAUCGACGAGGAGGGACGUCGAAUGCGACGAGAGUUUGAAGCGAUUCUGGAGGGGUCGAGACGGUUCGAGACGGUGGAAGAGGUGUUGACGGCGUUCGUUGCACCGUUCGUUGCACUUUUCGGUUCGGGAAUCCUUCCACCAACACUUAUGCGCUAUGCGAGCGCUGCUGCAUCGUCUUCAAGUGAUGCGGCAGCUUUGACUUCCACUUCAACCUCGGCGGGACAAGUGAACGUACUCCUGAUCGAAUCGGCUCAAACCGCACUCCUCUCUCGCAUCGUCGUCGACUUUCCCAGCCUUCCUGAGGACCUGCUCGACCUCUGCUUCUUCCUCCCCCAGGUAGAGCUAAAGACGCAAGGUCUCGUACAACAGUGCACGUUACGGUCAAUCACACGCAUCCUCUCUUCUACCGACCGACUGCAUCCGGUAACGCUGGAGCAGGUAGAGAGGGUCUGCAGUUCGGCGCUGAAGAAGCUCUCGCUCAAUGCGCUUAUUGUGGUUGCGGAGGAGGAACGGAACGCGGCGAGAGGCGAUGUGAUGUGGAAGGAGACGUUAAGGUUGAUCACGGGGGUGACGGAUCGACUGGCGAACGCGGGGAGGGGGCAGACGGGGUUGCGGUGGAGGGUGUGGGUGGAAGAGGUGCUGGAGAGGGGAAAGGUCGGAAUGGAGGGUAAAGCGUUCUUGGGCGAAGCGUCGACGGAGAAGAUCGCUGCGAUCACGACGAUCCUCUCCACCCUUCUCAGCAGCGCCUCUAGCGACGGUCAAGGAUCCGACUCCGAUUCACACUCUGACACACACGACGACAUGGCCUCCCAGACUAUCUCGACCUUCGAAACCAUCGCACUGCGCUCCCCAACCCAACAUUCACCGCUGCUCGCCCGCGCCUGGACACACCACCUUUCCACCUCUUCCUCGAAAACAACGCUGCUCAGCUGUCUCGAAACGACCCUCUCCAUGUGGGCCGACCCCAUUCGCAUCAAACGAUCCCUCCUGCAGCACGAGACUUUUCUGGCGACGCUCAUCGUGUGUCUCCUCUCCAGCGUCUCCGGCUCGCAGAGCGAGGAUGAGGGCGCGGAUAGACUUUUCGCCAUCGCUCGAUCUCCUACGGUGUUGAACGGUGUAUCUGCGCAUCUCGAGCACUCGGACGCGACGAUACGAAGGCUCGGGAUGCUGGUAGCGGAGCUGUUGAGUGGGCAGACGGUGUCAGAGGCAGGUGGGAAGGUGUUGGAUUUCGGGAGGGGCUUGUGGGAUGGGAGGGGAGAGGGGAGGGAGGAGGCGAGAGUGUUGAGGUGUUUAUGUGAUGGGUGGAGGAUGUUCGAUGCGAAAGUAGAGGGGAGGAGGAGGGGAUUUGAGGAGGCGGUGAGGGCGUUGGGUGUGAGAGUGGAGGUCAAGGCAGAGAAAGAGAAGGAGGUGAAGGGUGAGGUGGUGAAGGCGAGAAAGUCGAAAGCGACCACGCGAAGGUUGCCUGUGAAGGUAGAUCCGCCUUCUCGUGAAAGCAAAGGUGACAGCAGGAAGCCUUCAAGGCCAUUGAUCACCAUGCUCGACAGUGACGACGACGGUGGUGACGAUCCGCAAGACGUGCAGCCAACGCGGUCGAGCACGGCCACGCCUCGCUUGCAGAUGUUCUCCGACCCCCAAACCACCUCUCGACAUCGAACCCACUCGACAUCCUCGGCUUCCUCCUCCGAAAGCUCCUCCGAAGACUCGGACAGCGACGCCGUCCCUGAUACGCAGGAUCCCAACUCGAUCCACCGCAUCGCCGCCUCUCUCAGCGGGUUAUCCACCGACGAAGCCUCCAACAUCCUUGCCUCCUCUCCUCUCACCUCCUCCACCUCUCGUCCCUCCAAACGCUCCUCCGACCCAUCCGACUUCACCGCCGAUCCCGAAUCGCACGCACCGCAAUUCACCACCAAAACGCCUCCUCCCAUCUACAUCUCCCAACUCUCCCCGCUCCUCCGCUCCUCCACGCGCGCUUCCAUCCGCCUCGCCCUGCACCACGCCUCGGCGCUCAUCCGGCGUAAAUCGCAGACGUCGGUGUUCGGAGCGGAGGUCGCGGAGAACGCGGUAGAUCUGACGCUCAGCUUGCUCGCUCUGCACGACAAUUUCGGCAUCAAGGGAUUUGAAGCGAUGAGGAGGGGUGGGUUGAUCGAGUUGGUGGUGGCGGAACCGAGGGCGGUGGUGGGCGUGUUGACGGAGCAGUGUUUCAGUGCGCAGUGGAGCGAUGUGCAGAGGGGGGCGAUGUGGUGUGCGGUUGGAGAGGGGGCGAUGAGGUUGGCGGGAGCAGGAGGACAGGAGAGUGGAGUGGUGGGCAAGGUGGAUAGGGUUGUUUCGGAGGUUGUGGAGAAGGCGAGAGAAGUUGGAGAGGAGGGGGUGGCGCAGAUAAGGCGGGAGAAGAGUUUGACCGUCAAUACGAGCCGUAGUAGGUUGGUCGAGGUGUACGAUGCGUCCAGCGGAGCGAAGGCGAGCCAAGGACGAGGGGCAGGUGAAUGGAUGCGGAUAGCAGGACCAGUAUUCCUCUUCCCUCUGCUCAACCGUCUGCUCGCCUACCAAUCCCACCACGCCUCCCUCUCAACCCAAGCAUACCGCGGCGCAGGAACAACUUCCCUCUUCCAACCGUCCACCUUCGCCCUCCUCCUCGACACCCUCACCCUCCUCCUCUCCCUCUCCCCACCCACCACCCUCACCCAAGCCUCACCCCUCCUCCUCGAGCUCCUCCCAGCAUCGAUCGACCCAUCGAUCUCCGUCCAAACAGCUUCCCUCCUCUCGCUACUGGCCGUCUUGCUCGAUCGAAUCCUCGAUGCAGGAGAGACGCGCAUCUUGACGCAGGAUCGACAGAGCGUGGAUCGGCUGAGGACGAUGUUGGAGUUUACGCAGGGCGUGUUUACGAGUUUGCAGGGAGAGGGGAAGAUGGGUGGGCUGCAGGGGAGGGUGGUGGCGAGGGCGGCGACGGUGUUGCUGUUGAUGGAUAGGGUGGAGCGGUGCAGGGAGGACGAGGUGAGGAGGUUGAUCGGGUUCGUACCGUGA